AUGGAUUACGGCAAUUUCGAUAAUCGUCUAGGUGCAGCAGCUAGGGCUUCAAUAGGCGGCGUUGAACACGGCCAAAAUCCACAAUUCGUGAGAAUAGGGGAGGAUCGUUUCAUUGACGCUAUAAUUCUAUUGUCCAAGGGUGUGAACCAGAUUGAAAACAAACGUAUCUUACACGAGGCACAACUCUUUUUGGCGAGCACAGUUGUCAAAGAAAGGUUGCAGGAAAAUGCUGCAUACAGUCUUCGUUUAGGCUCAGAAAUCACCAGAAGGAGCUUGGGAAGACUCCCGUUUGUUACAAAGAAGGGACACCUGGCACUGAGCUCUUAUCAUGUUCAGCGUGGUGAUGUGAUUGCCUUGAUCAAAGGUGCUCAAGUUCCAUUCGUUCUUCGGUGUCAAAAGUCCGGAAAAUAUCGGAUUAUAAGUGAAGCUUAUGUAGAUGGAAUCAUGGAUGGAGAAGCAGUGAGAAACGGAGAAUAUAGCUCUUUCGAGAUUGUAUAG